AUGUCUACAAAGGCCGACAUUGAAUUUUAUGUGGGAGGCCCUGGAGUCAAUGAAAAACUGAAGGAAAAGGAACCAACAUGGUUCUAUAUAGAAUCAAAAAAUAUCUCAUUGGAUUUCAAAGUGGAGAUAUUCUCAAGUAAGUAGAAAAUCUCUGGUGAAUGUUAAUAGUAUCCCAUUUUUUCAGCCAAAACUAAGAAACAAGUACCAGUAAUGAUGGAAGUUCUUCCACAAUACAACGUAGUUGUAGUUUUUUACAUAAUUUUUGUAGAACGUGGUGCAAUUCGGAGAAAGUUUUUGGUAGAAAUUGAAGUAUGUUUAAUUAUUUUUUUUGUUUCUUCAAAAUUUUGUGUAACAUUCUCAUAAUAAAUGUCUUUUGGUUUCAGGCACAAUCACCAAUUGAUGCAACAGAUAAAAAGGAAUCAAAUCAAAUUCAAAAUCUCGAUGUGGCAAGCAUUCAGAAUGUGAGAGAAACCAUAAUUUGUGUUAAUUUUCGAAAUGAAUUUGAGUUUUUCAGGAUUCGGUGUUAUCCGAUCGGACUUGGCUGUUUCCGGAUCGAGAUGAUAGUUUGGAUGCUGAUGACUCUGUUUCAUCAACUAAGUAAGUUAAUUAGGCAAAGGUGGGGCCCAAAAGUGUUGCCCAUUCAGAAAUAAGCCAGGGAAUCCAUUGGGAUAACAUAUGUUGAGAACCAAAAUUCACAUCAAUCCCACAGGAUUGACAUAUGUACUUUGCCAGCGAUAUUCCUGACAGGUUCAAAUGGAAUUUCAGAAGAAAUAUCAUAAAUUUAUUACUGGUCCAAUUGGGAACUCACAAGGGACUCACCGAAUAAACCUAUUCUGUAACUUUUGAAACUUAAUUUUCAGAACUCCUACUCCAACAGUCCAUGAUUCAAAAAAAUGUGAAACAUACAAGGUUAGUUUUUUUUCCAUACGAAGUUCAUAAUCAUAAUGACUUUAUUCAGAAACAAUUGGAGUUAUUGACAAUUCUAGCAGAGUUCGAAAUCAUCGAAACUGCUAAAAUAUUCGAAUUCAGUGAGAAUGAACCACCACACUCAAUCAUGCCAAAUCGAUUAUACACUUAUUUGGAUGAAUGGACUCAAAAAUUGGAUGAACAUCAAAUUAACACGGUUAUCAACAAAAUUGCUGAAAUCUACCAUCUAAAAGCCGAGAACAUAAAAUUGACAAUGAAGCGCAAAAAAGAGAAGAAGUAA